UCUUUAUACAUAAGACAGGUGCUCAAGUAAAAAUAACCACAGUAAAAUAUGGAUAAUACAAUGGAAGAUAAGCUUCUUGGGCCCAAGAAGGAAUGUCUAAUGGACUUGAAAGGAAGAGUUUGGAUUGAAUCAAAGAAGCUAUGGAGUGUUGCAACUCCUGCUAUAAUCACAAGAUUAACAUCAUUUGGAAUAUUGGUGACUACACAGUCAUUUAUGGGACAUGUUGGUGAAACUGAGCUGGCUGCUUAUGCGAUCAUUCAAAUCAUUCUCGUGCGCUUUGCAAAUGGAAUAUUGUUAGGAAUGUCAAGUGCUCUAGAAACAUUAUGUGGCCAAGCAUUUGGAGCACAGCAUUACCACAUGAUGGGCAUCUAUUUACAAAGGUCAUGGCUUGUUCUUUUUUCUGGUGCAACCAUUUUACUCCCUGUUUUCAUCUUCACAUCACCCAUUUUAAGGCUUAUAGGUCAGGAAGAAGAGUUAUCAGCAGUAGCAGGAAAUAUUAGCAUUUGGUUUAUACCCAUUAUGUACUAUUUUGUCUUUACAUUUACAAUGCAAAUGUAUUUACAAGCCCAAAGAAAGAACAUGAUUAUUGGAUGGUUAUCCUGUGCAUCAUUUGUGGUUCACUUGACCUUAUCCUGGCUCUUUGUCUAUAAAUUGACCUUGGGGACCUUGGGUGCAAUGAUCAUCUCCACAUGGUCAAUGGUCAUUGGGGAGCUCAUUUAUGUCUUCGGUGGUUGGUGCCCUGAAACAUGGAGGGGGUUUUCUAAGCAUGCAUUUGAUGACAUUUGGCCUGUCGUCAAACUCUCUGUAUCCUCCGGUGUGAUGCUUUGCUUAGAGUUAUGGUACAAUGCAGUGCUAGUGUUAUUGGCGGGCUACAUGAAAAAUGCUACUAUUGCCAUAUCUGCCUUCUCUAUCUGCCUCAACAUCACUGCUUGGGAGUUCAUGAUACCCCUUGGUUUCUUAAGUGGAGCUUGUGUGCGUGUUGCAAAUGAAUUGGGGAGUGGAAAUGCAGAAGCUGCAAAAUUUGCCAUUAAAGUCAACUUAAGUACUUCAUUGUCUCUUGGUGUGCUAUUUUCGGUUCUGUUUUUGGUAUUUCGUCACGUGUUAUCCUAUGCAUUUACAAGCAGCACAGAGGUGGCCAGAGCUGUAUCGAGCCUCUCCAUUCUACUUUCUUUGUCAGUCUUGCUCAAUAGUGUGCAGCCAGUGCUCUCAGGGGUGGCUAUUGGUGCUGGUUGGCAAUCUGUGGUGGCAUAUGUCAACCUUGGUUGCUACUAUAUAGUAGGGAUUCCUAUAGGAGUUUUGCUCGGUUAUGUUGCAAAACUUGAUGUUAAGGGUAUCUGGAUUGGAAUGAUGUGUGGGGUUGCAUUGCAAACUCUCGUGCUUCUUUGGAUCACUUGGAAAACUGAUUGGGACGCUCAGGUGGAAAAGGCAUCACAACGUUUAAAUAGGUGGUUUUUGGCACCUUCUCACGAGAAUGAUGAGAACACAUGCCAUGCUUGAUGAGAGAGUGAGCCCCCAUUUUUCAACGCUGUAUGCAGAGGAGAAUUUAAUUACUCGAGAAAAAAUUUAAGUCAAAUUUGUGAUUUUCAUUGUUUAGGUUCAGUAUUGCCUUGUAUAAAACUCUACUGAUUUUAUCCUACCAUAGGCAUCAAUGGGAAGCUAGUGUAGGGUAAGCCCUAAUGAAGCUUUCCCUUUUACAGGCAAAUAAUUUGACUUGAAUUUCUUUUAUAUUUUUUUGCCUCCUAAGCAUAAAUCUGCUCAUCUAAUUCGUU